AUGCGAAGAUCAGCCUACUUUGAGACAAACAAGAGAACUGUCAAAUCAAACAUCAUGCUGAAGUUUGUGACAAAGGCAAUGGAUAUCAAGCUUCGAGGUGAAGCCAAUUUCACAACUACUCUUGAAGAUCCGAUCAAACUCUUGACAUGUAUUGAACGAUUCAUGAAGAAGAGUGCUGAUGCUGAGUAUGAUUUCUUGGAUUUCUGGGAAGCAAAUCAAAAGUUCUUUGCUAUGAAGCAAGGAACAACAGAAAACUUGAUGCAUUUCAAGGAACGAUUCUUGAGACAGGCUGAGGUCCUGCAAGAUCUAUAUGGCGUGGCCUGGUUCCGAGAUUUUGCAGUCAAGACAAAAGCGUAUGCUGCUAUUGCUAGCACCAAUACUGCUGCUCUCAAAACAAGUUCAAGGAUGAUAUCUUUGAAGCCGUUCUUGCAACAGGAUUUCUAA